AUGACGUCAAUUGGUUUUUGUACUCUGCACCACCGAAAUCCUUUUGAAUUGUAUCAGAGAAGAAGAGAGAGCUCAAAAAUUAGGGGUUUAAGGAGGGAGUGGCAAGAAUACGAGGAAGCAGUUAAGGAUAAAGACCUGUCUCGAGCUCUCCGCUUCCUCAGGGACAUCCCCAUUUCACCUUCGGUUGAGUUGGAAAGAGACUGGCAGGUUUUGGAUACAUGCUUGAAUGCCGAUGAUAUGAGGCUUGUUGCCGCUGCUUAUGCUUUCCUCAACGACAAACGCCUCUUGCCCAAUUUCGGCAAAUACCGCACUAUUGUUCUGGAAGGGCCGCGUGAUGUCACGCCAACCGUCUUAAAGUCUUCAACUGGUUUAGAUGUGACCAAACUUUCGCCAAAGAAGUGGGGCCUUUCUGGAACGUCUAGCUUUCUUUUGGCUACAUUGUUUGCUGGAGUCUCAUUUCUGCUGAAUCAAGGAAUAGAUAUUAGGCCUAACAUUGCUGCAGUCUUGGGGCUUGCCAUGGUAGAUGCUAUAUUUCUUGGUGGUUCCUGCUUAGCACAAAUCUCCAGCUUCUGGCCUCCCUAUAAGCGUCGAAUUUGUGUUCACGAAGCAGGCCAUCUCCUUGUUGCAUACCUGAUGGGUUGUCCUAUUCGUGGUGUAAUUUUAGACCCAAUUAUCGCAAUGCAGAUGGGCAUUCAAGGACAGGCAGGAACACAGUUUUGGGAUGAAAAAAUGGAAAAUGAGCUUGCUGAAGGCCGGUUAAGUGGUUCUGCAUUUGACAGGUACUGCAUGGUUCUAUUUGCUGGGAUUGCAGCUGAAGCUCUUAUAUAUGGAGAGGCCGAAGGUGGAGAAAAUGAUGAAAAUCUCUUCCGAAGCAUCAGUAUUCUUCUAGAACCCCCACUCUCUGUGGCACAGAUGUCAAAUCAAGCAAGGUGGUCGGUUCUGCAAUCUUAUAAUCUUCUGAAAUGGCACAAACAAGCACAUCGAGCUGCAGUAAAAGCUAUUGAGAGUGGAUGCAGUCUGAGUAUGGUCAUUAAAAAAAUUGAGGAGGCCAUGUCUAUGAAAAAAUGAAGCUUCGAAAGCAGAAUGAUAGAUACAUACUGUCGUGCUAGAAGAGGGUGUGCUGAGGCAUUUAGCUGCAAGGACUGCAACUGUAAGGACUAAGGAGCACAAAAGAUUCCUUGUGUUCUCAUUUUGUGUUUAACUUGUGCAAGCAUAUAUACUGUGUUAUGAAAUGCCUCGACUGGAGUUAGCAGAAAAGGUUCGAAGGUUCUUGGGCCCGUGGAUAAGUCUGAGUUUGCAGGGUAAUGGUUCCUCAAAAGGAACAUGCUAUUUUUCUCUUACUUUAAAGUGAGCAGCUUUUUGCUGUAAGCUAAGGAGCAGAAUCUUAAAGUUAGGGGAAACAGAGAGAAUCCUGCAUCUAGCAUCAUAUGAUAAAGAUGUUCUAUGGAGAUAUUUAGCUUAUUUUUCUUGCAAGGGCGAGAAUAUUGUGUAACAAAAGGGGUAUGGUGAAAAUAUAGUUCUAUUGUAAUUUUGAUUUGUACAGUGUAAACUGUAAAGCUCACUCAAUAUUUUAAGCAGAAGCAGUCAAGCAAGGACCUCUUUGAACUCGUA